AGCAAGUCCUGCGCUCUCGAUCUGUGAAUCGCGAUCCCGACAUCAUCCCUGAUGGCAGGUUCCCCACUGAGCUCCACUGAAAGGGCCAAGGUUGAGAUUAACAAGAUGAGCGUCGUGGUGACUGCAAUGCAACAGAAACUCCCGAACCACCGCUACGUGGACUCGCUGUGCCAAGACAUCUGCGACGUGCUUCUGGAGUGCGCGAAGCUGGACUCCCUGCUGCUAGCAAACCCAGACCCCAUCGGCAAUGACAAGAUGAUAUUGCAGAUCAGGUUUGACAACCUUUGCAAGUUGUUCGAGGAGGUCAAGACGCGCUGCGACCAGGUUGUCCAACCUAACCCGACAAAGGUGCCAAAACGCUCCCCGUCGUCACCCCUGAGCCCUGUGCCCGAGCCAUCGCAGCCAGGAGCGCCGAUCGAGACUGCCGAGGAGCCGACGGAGAACCAGAACGGCAACGAAGCCAGCCAGCUCUGCGACAGCCAGUUGGAGAGCCAGUUCUGCGACAGCCAGUUCGAGGACAGCCUCCCUUGAGGGGUUCUGUGAAUGACCCGUGCAACUCAACG